AUCCCUAUGAAAAGAGUUUGAGGUGGUAGGAGUUGCGCAGGAGGGCAGAACUCCGUGUGCUUUGGGCUGCGACCCACUCUCUUCUCCUCGGCGCAUAGCAGAUACUUUCUCCGAAACGCCGGAGGACGUGUCGAUGGCGUAACGCGACACCUCCGACGACCAUACGCGCUAUUGAACCGUCAUCGGUCGUCGGGUCUGGUUCUUGCCGCGCACGUGCCCGCAUGGACCCCGCGCGCGGAGCAGGCGUAGGAGGUGCCUUAGGCUCGGGAUUAGGCUCGGGAGCCGCGAGCAAUAGGUUCGGCCAGUCGGAUGAUUCUACAGUAGCAUCACCUGUUAACAACCCUGGGCAUUCUGCCUUGGGAGCUGUCACUAUCACUUCCCCGAACACAUCGUCCGUUCUUUCUCCGUCUAACGUGGCCUCUCCGUAUGCCACUGCCAGUUUGCCUCCCGGGGGAAGCGCGGCCGCAUCCCCUUACCCCGCGGCCGCAUCCCCGUACUCCGCGGCUUCGACGCCUUUCCGAUCGCCGUCGCCUUACCUAGCGGGCAGCGCAGGCCCUUCCGCCAGAGCCGCUUCGGCCCGCCGCGGCGCAACUUCCGCCUCUGUCUCCGCGUCUCCUAGUGUUGCGGAACGACGAGCGGAGAUCGUCGCGCACCAUCUCCGCGUGGCCGCGUCUCUGGCUUCCGCCGUGUCCGCCAUCGACGGCUCCGUGGGCUCCGCCGGCUCCGCGGACCCUCCUCCCCUGAUCCUAGAGAGCGGAGCUGUUCGUGCGGAAGGGGAGCUUCCGCCAGGCCAGAUCGGGGGAGAUUUGAGAGUGACAGUAACGGGUGAGGCAGUAACGACUGACGCGUACGCAGCGGAAGCGGAAGCGGGAGCAAAGGCGCAGGCGGAAGCGGCGGACUCGAUUGACGGGGAACGGUUGGGGCAAGCGGACGCUAGGUCUGACAGGCUGGACAGCGGUGGAUCGGAACGGAUCGACGACGCUUUGUUAAAUCGAAAUCCUCCUACCGACGUUGGCGGAGAAAAUAAGCGCAGGGAUAGUCGUAGUAGCGGAGUCAGCGGGGGUAACGGCGCUGGCGGCGGCGGUAGCGGUAGCGGUAGCGGUAGCCAGAGGAGAUCAGGCGACGACGCGGAUGUGGCGGAGGCGGGCGGAGUCUCGAGGCGGAACGAAGGCGGGCGCCCUCCGCCCGACCUUAGGGGCGGGAGCGGAAGUCGCGGAAGGCGGAAGGGCAGCGCCAAGCGAUACCCCGUCCGCCGGCAGCUGUUUUCCGCGGGAGGGAGACGCGCGGGGGCUGCUACUGGGGGAAGCGGGGGCGCGGAUGGAGCCGGCGGAGGGGGCGAGCUGGGUGGAAGGGGCGCACGCGCGCAGGGGCCGGGGGAGGAGUGGCGGGCUCCGCAGCCGUGGGGGCGCGUGGGGAGGGCAGUGCGGUCAGUGCUCCGCGCAUGGGGAUGGGACACGCUCUUCUGGCGGCAUGAGGAGCAGGGGCAGCUGCUGGGGGGAGGGCGGGGAGGCGGAGAAAGUGCGCGGGCGGAAGUUGGCGCGCAGGAGGAGGAGGAAGGCGGGGUCGGGGAGGGGGGAGGAGAGGGGAGGCAGUAUCCGCAGGGGCCGCAAGGGGCGCAGGGGGAUCCGUUGGAGAGCUUAGACUACGAUGUGAUCGACAACUCGGUGUACAGAGAGGAACAGGCGAGGAGGGGCAAGCUGCACCAGAUGGGCUACCUCAUAGUCAAGUGGGUCUUCGCUCUCUGCCUCGGCAUAGCCACGGGCCUGGCGGCUUUCUCCAUCAACGUGGCAGUGGAGAUCCUGGCCGGGUGGAAGUUCGGGGCGACGUGGUGGGUGAUGCAGCGGUCGUACUCGCUGGGCUUCCUCGUGUACCUUGCCUUCAACGUGCUGCUCGUGUUCUCCUCCUCCUUCAUCGUCACGCGCUUCGCACCCGCCGCCGCUGGCUCUGGGAUCCCCGAGAUCAAGGGGUAUUUGAAUGGCAUUGAUAUGCCGGGCAUCCUGUUGGUGCGCACGCUGGUUGGUAAGAUGCUGGGCAGUGUUGGGUCGGUGGCGGGAGGCCUGGCGCUGGGCAAGGAAGGGCCGCUCGUGCACACUGGCGCGUGUCUUGCUGCACUCAUCGGCCAGGGCGGGUCGUCGCGCUACCGCAUUCCGUUCAAGUGGUUCCGUGCCUUCCGCAAUGACCGGGACAGACGCGACAUGGUCACGUGUGGAGCGGCAGCGGGGGCAGCAGCGGCGUUCAGAGCGCCUGUGGGCGGAGUGCUGUUUGCACUGGAGGAGGUCACCUCAUGGUGGCGGCCGCAGCUGAUGUGGCGCGUGUUCUUCACGUCGGCGGUGGUGGCGGUGGUGCUAAAGGCGUGCAUGCGGUGGUGCGCCAGCGGGGAGUGCGGGCGCUUCGCAUCGGGAGGCUUCAUCAUCUGGGACGUGCACGGUGGUGCGAGUGAGUUCUUCUCCUACCAGCUUCUCCCCAUGACAAUGCUCGGACUCAUGGGCGGCCUUCUAGGAGCGCUUUUCAACCAGCUCACUCUCUACCUCUCUGCCUGGCGACGUAACUCGCUCCACAAGCGAGGCGACCGAGUCAAGAUCAUCGAGGCGUGUCUGGUGGCAGCAGCGACGUCCGCACUGUCUUUCACCAUCCCCUUCCUGGCGCCGUGCCGCUCGUGCCCCGACCCCAUGCGCUACCCCGACAUCGUGUGCCCGCGCCCCAAGUACCACUGGGGGAACUUCGUGCAGUUCAACUGCGCCAGGGACGACCAGUACAACGACCUCGCCACUAUCUUCUUCAACACACAGGACGACGCCAUCCGCAAUUUGUUCAGCAGCGGCACCAUCCAGGAGUACAGCGCCGGUUCCCUCAUCUCCUUCCUCCUGAUCUUCUUCUGCCUGGCGGUGCUGACGUACGGCAUAGCGGUGCCGUCGGGGCAGUUCGUCCCUGGCAUCAUGAUCGGCGCCACAUACGGCCGCCUGGUGGGCAUGCUCAUGGUGCACAUGUACGGCCAGGACAACACCGACGAGGGCACCUACGCGCUUCUGGGCGCGGCGUCGUUCCUGGGCGGGUCGAUGCGCAUGACGGUGUCGCUGUGCGUGAUCAUGGUGGAGAUCACCAACAACCUCAACCUGCUGCCGCUCAUCAUGCUCGUGCUGCUCGUCUCCAAGGCGGUGGGCGACGGGCUGAAUGCGGGGUUCUACGACCUGCAUGCGCAGCUGCGCGGCAUCCCCAUCCUGGAGGCACAGUCGAAGCGCUUCAUGCGCAUGCUGUCGGCACGCGACGCCGCGUCCACCAAGGUGGUGUACUUUGCGCGCGUGGAGAUGGUGGGGCGCAUUGCCGAGGUGCUGCGCUCCACCUCGCACAACGGCUACCCCGUGCUGCAGGACCUCAAUGACGAUGGGCAGACGUCUCUUGCUGGACUCAUCCUCCGCAGCCAACUGUUAGUGCUGCUUCGCUCCAAGGCAGACUUCCAGGCAUCGCCCACAGAGAGAAUGCACCCCCUGCAGACCAGCUCCCUGCGAUCCCUGGGCAGCUACUCCUUCUCGGACUUCGCCAAGCCGGUGUCCACCAAGGGCAUUGCCAUCGGGGACAUAGAGCUCUCCCGGGAGGACCUCACGCUCUGGAUCGACCUGGGGCCCUUCCUCAACCCCACGCCCUUCAUAGUGGAUGAGAACAUGUCGCUCACCAAGGUGCACACGCUGUUUCGGCAGCUGGGGCUGCGGCACCUGUGUGUGGUGCCGCCUCCCUCCAGGGCCGUGGGCAUCAUCACUCGCAAAGACCUCCUGCCUGAGAUUCUGGAGGAGCGGCAUGCGGAGUUUGAGGACUUCACAUGGGAGGAGGGCGAGAUAGAGACGUUCACCCCUCGCCUCUUGCGCCGUGCCUCAUCUGCUGCCUCCCAGUCAACCAUGCACCAACAGCACGAGCAGCAGUUGGAAGUGCAGUUGCGGGAAAUAGGGGCCCGGUUUGACAACCAAGACACGCAUCCACAGCAGCAGCAAGAGCAGCAGCGUCAACAGCAACAGCAAAGCAGGCAGCGGCUGCCGAAUGGGCCAGGGAAGAGCAUGCGAGGGGGUGCGAGGAGAAGGGACUCCGAUCCACAGCAGGUGAUGGAGAGAGUAGAAGAGAUAGUGAGUGAGGAUGUUGCAGGAGGGACUUGGGAGGAAGAAGGAGAAGAGGAGAGGGAAAGAGGUGGAAGACGGUGGGACGAGCAGCAGCAGCAGCAGCAGCAGCAUCGCCAGCACCAACAUCAGCAUCGUCAGCGACAGCAUGGGAAUUCGCAGCAGGAGCAGCGGUGGAAGCGGCAAGAGCGAGAGGAGGAGAUUGAGGAGAUUCUGAUCGAUUGCCCUGCUGCUGCAGGAACAACUGCAGCACCAGGAACACCAGCAGCAGCAGCAGCACCAUCACCAGUGUUUACAGGAGUGCAUCCAGUGCUUUCAAGCAGGGAGCAGCAGCGAGGGGCGAUCCCUUCGCAGUCGCCUGCAAGUGCAGCAUCAGAGAGGGCGGACGAUCCUCCCCUAGUUGACCUGGACUUAGAUUCGGAUUUCAAUGCUGCUACUGAACUAAGGGACACUGGCAUGGGUGCUGCUGCUGCGGCGGCGGUGGCUGCUGCCUCUCCUGCCGCUGUUGCUGCUGCUGCGGCAAUAGCUGGUCUUGGCAACGGUGGUGCGGGCAACAGUGUCAGUACCAGUAGAACUAGUAGUGCAGGGUGGUCAGGGCAAGCAGGGGCCAGCAACACUCAGGCCAACAGCACACACUCGAGUCCGCAUUUCGCAGCGGUGCAAGUACCAGCAGCUGACACUACCAGAAAUAGGGAGCGUGGGAGCGGAGAUGAGGAGGCUUCGUCAUUGCUGCUCUAGUUGCUGCUCUAUUUGCCGCACCAGUGGCUGCCAUGUCUGCUAUGGCUGCUCUGUGCCUUGUUCUCGCAGCCUCUACUGAGUCGCAUUGCACACUGUAGUACUGACUGAAAGGAGGGCUACCCGCCUUGCCUACGUUUGUUUUGCUGCACCUUCCCUUUCCAAGUACCUACCGGUAAGUUCCCAACUUGUAUGGGUUGCCAUUGCCAAGCUUGCGCUCAGUAGUUCGGCCCAAACAUGCUCUCUCACGCUUGUUCUAUGGCCAGAGAGUUCUCAGCUGGCGAACUCUCAAACAUGGUAC